AUGUUCAGAAUCGCGAAAUCAUUCGUCAGAACCAUCGAGCAGAGUGUUCAGGACACUCUCGCCCUCUCCAACGACCAGAACCAACUGGACGCAUUCUUCCAAUGCAUCCCGCCAAACUUGAUCUACAACCAACUGACACCCACUUCCACGGACAACGGUUUAUCUGCCUCCAUAAAUUCUUCUCUCGCCGGACUAAGAGUCGUAUGGGUCGAUGAAUUGCAACUACAGUUGAACUCAUUCUUCGACUACAUUGUCGGUUUGAACGACGACCCUUUACCGCUAACUACAAACCAACACGGCUUCUCAUACCCGGAUUACAACGCCAUAUACAAACUACUAAACGAUAUAUCCAUCACGGCACAACAGGGCCACUCUCCCAUGGUCAAAUUGAACAUUUGGUCCGCCAAGGGAGGCACUUUCAGAGACGAAUACAUCACACUCACACCGAAGGAUGAAACUCAUCUCGAUGAAAUAUCCCUCAAUAACACAAACACGGCACAACAGAACACAUUUCAACCUUUGGGAUUCAAAGUACAAUGGACUCCCCUCAUUGGCGCCACUUACACCUACCAUAUAUUGAACUUGAACAUCCCUGGCGGACCAGCACAAUUGGCUGGCCUGAUCCCGGAUGAAGAUUACAUCGUCAAUUGUCAGGAUGGUCUGUUGUCCACUGGAGGUGAGACUUUACUACAGGAUAUCGUAAGAACAAGGGCUAACCAUGAUUUGAUCUUGUAUGUAUAUAACAAGGUUUCCGAUUGUGUAAGACCCAUCACAGUACAUAUAGGACCCGAUGGAAGGCUGGGUUGUGGUGUUGGGUAUGGCUUUUUGCAUAGAAUACCCACAGUCAAGCAACAGCAGCAACAAAUGUCCUCGUCGUUGCCUCCACCAAUUGACUCUGCAGACAGUUUCAUACCUUCACAGCAACUACACACCACUCCGGCACCACCACCAUCUGCACAUAGAAAGAAAAAGGUCGCUACUGCUGUGGAUGAUCCAAAUAUGCUGGAGUAUUUCAACGAGGGCAAGGACAAGUUUACCAGACCACCCACGACAACUGAAAGCGAUGGGGCUUCCGCAGUACCACCACCACCUAUUAUUCACAAGGAAAAAGAGUCAGAACAAGAAUAA